AAAAAUUCGAUAAAUUCGCGGUCACACUGCUCUAUUUUGUUCAUUGCAUUGUGUUCGUUCGUUUCGUGUUUUUUUUUAAAAUGGCUGAUACAAAGGGCUUUUCCAGCAUUGAGACGCCCGGCUAUGUGGGGUUCGCAAAUCUGCCCAACCAAGUGCAUCGGAAGUCCGUGAAAAAGGGCUUCGAGUUCACCCUGAUGGUGGUUGGCGAGUCCGGACUUGGCAAGUCCACACUGGUCAACAGUUUAUUUCUCACGGACCUAUACCCGGAACGCAUCAUACCCGAUGCCAUAGAAAAACAAAAGCAAACAGUCAAGUUGGAGGCCUCGACAGUGGAGAUUGAGGAGCGUGGGGUCAAACUGCGCCUUACCGUAGUCGACACACCCGGAUUUGGUGACGCCAUCGACAAUUCUAACAGCUUCAGUGCCAUACUCGAGUAUAUCGAUGAGCAGUACGAGCGCUUCCUGCGCGACGAAAGCGGUCUUAAUCGUCGCAACAUUGUGGACAAUCGCAUACACUGCUGCUUCUACUUUAUUUCGCCCUUUGGGCAUGGCCUGAAGCCAUUGGAUGUGGAAUUCAUGAAGAAACUCCACUCCAAGGUGAACAUUGUGCCCGUUAUUGCCAAAGCUGACUGCCUCACCAAAAAAGAGAUCUUGCGCCUUAAGUGCCGCAUUAUGCAAGAAAUCGAGAGCCAUGGCAUUAAAAUUUAUCCACUGCCAGACUGUGAUUCCGACGAGGACGAAGACUACAAGGAACAAGUGAAGCAACUGAAGGAAGCUGUGCCUUUUGCCGUCUGCGGCGCCAAUACAUUACUUGAGGUCAAGGGUAAAAAGGUUCGCGGCCGCCUCUAUCCCUGGGGCGUGGUCGAGGUAGAGAAUCCCGAUCACUGUGAUUUCAUAAAGCUGCGCACAAUGCUAAUAACCCACAUGCAGGACCUGCAGGAGGUAACGCAAGAGGUGCACUACGAAAACUAUCGAUCUGAUCGCCUGGCCAAAGGCAUCAAGGGUAAGGAGAACGGCAUAAAGCAGGAACGUGAGAACAACGUGAACGCUCAGACUGUAGCAAACAGUGCGCUCUCAGAGAAGGACCGCAUACUGCAGGAGAAGGAGGCCGAGCUUGCACGUAUGACGGAGAUGCUGGCCCAGAUGCAAGCACGCAUGCAAGCCCAGCAUUGAAGCGUAUCCAAUCAAUUGAUACAUACACCUACAUAUAUAUAUACAUAUAUAUAUAUAUAUAUAAAAAUCAAGAAGCGAAAAGCACUAAAUUGUGCAAUCGAUAGUUAUACACAAAAAACAUACAUAUACAUAUAUAUAUAUAUAUUUUGUACGCAGAUUUUUAAGUUGCGGUCGCGCUUGACUAUAAUCUCACUGUAAAACGAAGGGCGCUAAAGUAUUUUGUAUUAAUUUUGCAUUCACCAUAUUUAUAUCAUGUGUAUAUGUACAUGCAUAUGAAUAUCAAUAUAUAGAACAUAGAUAUACACGAAAACACACAGCCGCACAUCUACUACGUGUGGCGAAACAUCUGCAAUGCAAUUGCUCCCAAAAUGCUCAUCAAAUCGACAAAAACAAACGCGAACACAUUUCAUAUCACACUCCUAAAAUCGAACAUGAAUAACAACUGUAUUCCUACUAUGUAUUUAGACAUGACAUGUCGAUAUUAACCAUGGAUUAUUGCACUCUGUAUUUGCAUUUAGGUUAAGUAUACACCCAUCGCCUGAUUCAUCCGAUCUAAUGUAUGUUAGUCCAUUUUUUGUCUGUUUAUCGUCUUUAUAGUCUCCAACACACAGCAGUAGCUGGCGCUGGCUGGACGCUGGCUCCCUCCGACAACCAGCCAGCUUCCAGCUCCGCUGCUGGCUCUGCUCUUCCGUAUUAAGCGUUUCCUUUAGGUUAUAGUUCUGCACGUCGUACUGUCGUCCUUUGAUUUGCCCUCGAACUAUGGGCCCAGUCCCCUGCCCCCUGCAUCCUAUGCACAAUCUUUGACUGCUCAAACUUGAUCUUUGAAGUACUUGAAGCUCUUUAAAGUGAUCCCUUCCUAGGUGGCAUGGCCCGCCCAUAGAUCCGGGCAAGUUAAAGGACGAGUCAAGGGCCAUGUGCACUCGAAAGUAAAAACAAAAAACCAAAAUGUGAAAUCUCUUUUUUAUUAUGUAUAUGAAAUAUUUUAUCCCAACUUAAUUCGCUAUGACUUUAUAUUCUACAAGGUGCGUUCCUCACUAAACGGAACAUUUAAAAAAAAUAAAAGCAGCAAAAGUGUA